CUCUACCUAAACCUAUUGAAUAAACUCGCUCAAAUACGCUGUAAGUCUUUCUUUCAAAUCCAAAAAGCAUGUGUAGUCCAUUAAAGUUCUGUUUAAUAUCUACAAAACGGUUCUAAACAACAGCAUACGAUAAACUAAUAUGCAUGGUUGAUAUUCAUGGUUUCGGGCAGGCAGCGACUUAACACGUUUACAGAUUCUUGGGAGAGGGGGAGCAAGUUUGGGGAGAGAGCGAGCCCCCACCGUUCCGUGAUGCGUAAAAUGGUCAACAGUCUAACAGGCCCUUCAUUUUCACCGCCCCUGCAACUGAAGAGAAAAUAAAAGUUGAAGCUCCUGCAGAAGACCUUAAACGUCGGGGAAAAUAGCUGUUGAGUACACCACAGAAGACGGGACAUUUGAAAUGGAGCUGAAGUACAUGUUGGUUAUCGCUGUCAUCUCAGUAAUCUAUGUAAAGUGUGAUUCUAGUCCAUUGGAUGACUUGGUUAUUGAUCGCUACUCCAUACCCGCACUUUGUCCAAGAGAAGUGCAAACCGGGGAUUAUGUCCGAUAUCAUUUCAAUGGAACUCUUCUUGAUGGGAAAAAGUUUGAAUCGAGUCAUGAUAAAGGUAAACCAUUCGUGGGCCAGGUCGGACUGGGUAGCGUGGUGAUCACCGGGCUGGAUCGGGGCGUGCUGGGAAUGUGUGUGAAUGAACGCAGGAAGCUCACCAUCCCCCCUCAUCUGGCUUAUGGAGUCCUUGGCGCAGGUACAGUGAUUCCUCCAGACACCACCCUGGUUUUUGACGUUCUCUUGCUGGAUUUAUGGAACACGGAUGACAAGGUCCAAACCAUCACCCUCAGCAAGCCUCAAGACUGCAAGCGCAAAGUGGUUUCCACAGACUUCGUUCGGUACCACUACAAUGGAACUCUGCUGAAUGGAACCUUGUUCGACUCCAGCCAUGCCAGAGGGCAGACGUACGACACGUAUGUUGGCCAGGGUUACCUGAUCAAAGGCAUGGACAUGGGCCUGCUGGGCAUGUGUGUGGGAGAGAGACGGUCCAUCAUCAUCCCCCCAUUCCUGGGCUACGAGGACAAGGGAUAUGGUAAUCAGAUCCCCCCAUAUGCCUCUCUGAUGUUUGAUGUGGUGUUGGUUGACCACUUCCAUACCAACGACACUGUAGUGUCUGAGAUUCUGUAUACACCUGAGCUGUGUUCAAGGAAAUCGGUGUCAGGCGAUUACAUCCGCUACCACUACAAUGGCACCCUCCAGGAUGGGACCCUCUUUGACAGCAGCUACCAGCGCAACAGCACGUACAACACGUACAUCGGGAUGGGCUUCGUGAUCCUCGGCAUGGACAAGGCUCUGCAGGGAGUGUGUGUCGGAGAGAAGAAAAAGGUCACAAUCCCACCUCACUUGGCCUACGGCGAGAAGGGGCUGGAGGGCAUGAUCCCCGGGUCUGCAGUGCUGAUCUUUAACAUUCACGUGAUCGACUUCCACAAUCCCAACGACACUGUGAAUAUCCAGGUGACCCAUAAACCACAGGUCUGUAAUCAGACCACCGAAGUCAAUGACCUCAUCCAGUACCGUUACAACUGCUCUCUCAUGGACGACACUCUGCUCUACACCUCAGAUAGUCAUAAUCUGCCCCCUCGGACCCAGCUGGGGGGCGGCAAGAUCAUCCAGGGUCUGGACGAUGGGCUCCAGGGCAUGUGCGUGGGGGAGAAGAGGGUGGUCAUCGUGCCCCCUCACCUUGGUCAUGGGGAGAGUGGAGCCGCCGAGGUGCCCAGCAGUGCGGUCCUGCUGUUUGAGCUAGAGCUGCUGGAGCUGCAGAAGGGCAUUCCUGACGGCUACCUGUUUGUGUGGCUCGGAGACAGCCCAGACCCACUGUUCCCCGCCAUGGACCUAAAUAAGGACCAGGAGGUCCCUCUGGAAGAGUUUACGGAGUUCAUCCAGUCCCAGAUUACUGAGGGCAAAGGCCGCAUGCGUCCAGGCAUCGACGGUGAGGUGGUCAUUAAGGACAUGUUUGUCAAUCAGGAUCGUAACAAAGAUGGUAAGAUCACAGCAGAAGAGCUGAAACUCAAAUCAGAUGAGGACCCUCCCAAGCACGAAGAACUGUAAAGGAGGACCAAUGCAAGUUAAACCACAGAGAGAGAUCAGUGGAGAAGGAGAGGAGGCAGAGACUGGGAACCCACACCAGCAAACCCAAUUUCACCCAAUUCUUGUCUAUCAAGUCAUUAAACAGAACAACCAGCAACCACUCAUUCAGAACCAGAAUCCCUUGGUGCACUGCAAAUAUCCACACGAGGCAAGGUUUGCCUCCAGAUAUGAAAACGGGUGGCUGAGUAUUUUAGACAGGGUAUGUGCAAUACAAGUUGUUUUUUUAAGUUCCUUGGAUUGUCUGACAUGUCAACGAAUAAACAAGCUGUUUUUGUAAGUAAAUAAAGACUAAAUAUGUAAUGUGGAAAUGGUGUUAUGACUCAAGUCAUACGUACAAGGUUACUUUUUUCUGGCCAGGCCAGCCCUUUCAAAGUUUGGAUAGAGAGGUCAUUGAACUGUAUGAAAACAGUGUAUUAUCCUGUCCAAAACGGCACAAUUGUAUGUGCAAUUUUUGUAGGUUUUUUUAGUUCAUUAAAAUUGUUACCCAUGGGCACUUCUUUGUUUUUAAUAAAGUUGGAUUGGUAAAUAA